AUGACCCAGCCCACCUGUCCAUAUAGCGUCAUCUUCGGUCGUGCCAUCAAAACUGAGUACCUCAGUGUUGGUACACUCGUUGCAACCGGUCUUCUCACCUACUGUUCCUUGGGCGGCAAGAAGGAUGCCAGCGCAGCUGGAAAGACCAUAUCCCAGAGAGUAAACGAAGCUACUCCCAUAAAAGCUGCAUCGAAAGAGGAAGAAGAAUUGUUCGACAGUAUCAAGCACUUUAUUAGUGAAGCAGAGAAGGAUGGUGGAGGAUCAUCACAUCACUGA